UGAACCAGAAAGGGGAUCCCUGCAGGGUCAGUUCUUCCCCGAGUCUAACCCACUGACCACGGUGACUGUGGGGGGGCGGGGCGGGAGCGGGGCUCCCAAGAUUCCUGCCCACACGCCUCGGGCCGGAUCCCUAGCUGCACCCUCGACCUCCGGGCUGCUGGGAGCUGUAGUUUCCUGAAUUCGGGGCCCCGAGCCCACGCUCGCUCGGGAUGAGGAGGGAGCCCCGCGCGGACCCCGCCCCUCCUGCCGGCCUUUCUCGGCUCCCCCCCUGCGGACGUGGCGUCGGAAGCCCAAUGAGCGCCGGGCAAGGGCUAGGCCCCGCCCCCGCCCCGAACCUGCGCAUCUUGAUUGGUUGGGGGGCGGAGCCACGGGGGACUCAGGCUGGGGAUGAAGCUAGGGAGCGGGCUGCAGGACUGCCUCUGAGCCUACGCUGAAGAACGGGACGGGACGGGACGGGACGGGACGGGGCGGUGAGGACCGACCGGAGCCCCUGCACCCCACCCCACCCCCGUCCAGUGCUCCUCCAGGCAGCCCCUCUCUGACUGAGCCUUCGGUGCCCUCGGCUCUAGUCCCUUCUGGGCCCCUGCCCAUCCCUCCUCUCUCUGGCCCCAACCCUCCCCCACGGCCUCUCUGUGCCCCCAAUCCAGGGACCAUCCUCUCUCUGGCCCCCAGCCCUUCCCCCAGGCCCCUCUGUGCCCCCAGUCCUCCAUUUUCCAGUCCGCAGCUCUACCCUGUGUCUUGCACCCCCAACCCCAGUCUCUGUGCCCUCAGCCCAUCCUCUUGUUCCUUUCUUCGGAAUGUCCUGCAGCCCCUCUGUCUCUCCUCCGUCAGCACUUCCGGGCCCCUCGCCCCAGCUCCAACAAUGUCUGUGACCCCCCAGCUCAUUCUGCAGCCCCUUUCUGGGUCUCCAUCUUCUCCAUGGCACCCUCUAUUGUCACUGGGCCACCCCUCUUGUCCCUCUCUGUGCCAAGCCCCCAUCCCAUAGCCUCAAACCUCUAGUCCUUUAUGCCACGCUAUUCUCCAUGCCCACAGGCCCAUCCCCUAAGCUUGUGCCUCUGACCUAUCUUCCAGCCCCCCUGGGUGUUCCUGACCUGCUUCCCCACACGGUGCCCCUGAGCUCCGUUCUGAAGCUCCUCUUAGUGCCCCCUCCUCCCUCCUCCAGGCCUCCUCUUGCCAUGGGCCCCCGUACUGGCUCCAAGUCCUAGCUCAGCCCCUCCCUGCCCUCUUUGGUCCACCCCACUGUACCCUAACCUCCUCCAGGUCUCCCAGGGCCCCCCACCCCUGGUGCCCUAUCCCGAUCCUCCUUUCUCUCUGCCCAUCCCAGCCUCAUUCUGGACAACCCUUUCCAAGAGCCCAGCCCAGCCUUCCCUGCUCGCUCUCUUCUGGCUCCCCAGUUGCUGGCUCUUCCUCCAGCUGCCCGUACCCCAUCCUAGUAUUUCCUUCUUGGUGCUUCCACCCCCACCCCCACCCCAGGCCCUUCUCCAUCUCCUUAUCUCUGACCUAAGCCCUGGUCCUUCUCCCGUGGCCACCUUUUCCACCUGUCCCUUCCUCUGUCCUCAUCCCAUCCGCAGCCACUAAGUUACUUCUCCUGCCCUUGCUAGCUUCUCUGCCCUCUCUGUGGCCUUCGAGGCCUCCCCAUCCUCCUCCACCUCCUGUCUGUGGCACUCCCCAUGGCCCGUCUCUGACCCGGUCCCUUCUGCCUAAUUUCUUUCCCCCUUUGGUCCCCGGUUUGUUCCCUUCCUCUUCCCUGCCCCCGCCCCACUCCUUGGCCCCUUCCUCUCUGGACCCCGGUGGUCCACCUCCUCCCUGCCUGGAGCUCUACGCUCAGGCGUUCUUGACCUCUUCCCUCCAGGGAUGACGUGGCUGUGGUCGCUGCUGCUGCUGCUAGGGCUAGGCCCGGGCAAAGGGGCUUGGGGCAAGCCCCCCCCAGACGCUGGGGUCCCCCUCUCCAGCCGGGUACACCAGCAGGCUCCGCUGAGUGAGGCCAAGCAUGACGACGCCCAUGGAGACUUCCAGUUUGACCACGAAGCCUUUCUGGGCAGGGAGGCAGCCCGGGAGUUUGACCAGCUCAGUCCAGAGGAGAGCAAAGCCCGGCUUGGGCGGAUCGUAGACCGAAUGGACCGAGAUGGGGAUGGGGAUGGCUGGGUGUCCCUGGAGGAACUUCGGGCUUGGAUCGCUCACACUCAACAGCGCCAUAUCCGAGACUCGGUCACGAGCGCGUGGGAUACCUACGACACAGACCGCGAUGGCCGUGUGGGCUGGGAGGAGCUGCGCAAUGUCACCUACGGUCACUACCAGCCUGAGGAAUUCUCCGACGUGGAAGAUGCCGAGACCUACAAGAAACUCCUAGCCCGGGAUGAGAGGCGAUUCCGGGCGGCUGACCAAGACAGGGACUUGCACGCCACCAGGGAGGAGUUCACAGCCUUUCUGCACCCAGAGGAGUUUCCCCACAUGCGAGACACUGUUAUUGCCGAGACCAUGGAGGACUUGGACAAGAACGGAGACGGUUACGUGCAAGUGGACGAGUACAUAGCGGACCUGUACUCCCCGGAGCCAGAGGGAGGGGAGGAACCGGCCUGGGUACAGACGGAGCGGCAACAAUUCCGAGACUUCCGGGAUCUGAAUGGGGACGGGCACCUGGAUGGGCGUGAGGUCGGCCACUGGGUGCUGCCCCCAGCCCAGGACCAGCCGCUGGUUGAGGCCAAUCACCUGCUGCAGGAGAGUGACACCGACAAGGAUGGGCGCCUGAGCAAACAGGAGAUCCUGGGAAACUGGAACAUGUUUGUGGGCAGCCAGGCCACCAACUACGGCGAGGACCUGACGCGGCACCACGACGAGCUCUGAGCACUUCCCGCACCACAGUGUGCGUCCGCCGGCCCAUAGCUCAGGGCUCCCCAGCACAUUCUCAAACACGGGGCGGGGGGCAGCUGAGUGGCUCAGGAUUGAGAGCCAGGCCUAGAGACGGGAGGUCCUGGGUUCCAAUCUAGGCUGGGCAAGUCACCGAACCCCCACUGCCUUGGGAUCAAUACUUUGUAUCCUUUCUAAGAUAGAAGGCGAGGGCUAUGAAGCCAGCCAAAGCCCCCAAGCCCCAGACCCAGCAGCACUUAGUAAGUACCUUCUCCCCCUUUUAGGCAGUUUCUUUUCAGUUCCACUCUCUCCCUCCCCUCCCACAGAGAAGACAAGAAAUAACAUGACACACUCCAUCCAGCAAAAUAUCCUUUAUUAGAAACUCGGCUGUGCCAGGCACCUGGCUGGGACUGAUGGUACGGAGUCCCCCCAAAACUGAAUCCUUCCUCACCCAAAGGGCCUUUCCCUGGGGACUGUCUGUCCCCCCAAUCCUGGGAGCCCCAGGAGCUACCAACCAUAGCUUUCAGGGUAUAGAAGUCUGGGCCCCUCCAAGCCUUUCCCAGGCCUGGCCCUGAGCGUCAGGAGGAGCACUGGGACCCUCAAAGUCACGAGUAUAGGAGAUCUGAACCCCGACAAUUCUCUAUAUGCCUCCCUCGAGGCCUCACGCCCCAUAUUCUGAGCCCGUGGAUGGGCAGGACGGGGGGCUGGAAUAAAAGCUGAGGCCUCAA